CCCAAAGAGCCUCGUUGCAGCAGACGUUGAUCAACAAGAUAGUCCUAACCGCUCAACAUGCCUCCCCCAAAAUCAAAAGGUGGCAAGAUGCUUGGCCUCAUCAACUGGAGGCUCAAAGUCACUAUUAACGAUGGACGCGCGUUCAUCGGUCAAAUGCUCGCGUUCGACCGCCACAUGAACCUCGUCAUCGCAGAAUGCGAAGAGUUCAGACGCGUCCGACCGAAGAAGAAGGCUGGUGAAACCGAGACCCCCCCUGAGCAGGAAAUGAAGCGGACGCUCGGUCUUGUGAUCCUUCGUGGAGAAACAGUCGUGAGCAUCAGCGUCGAGGGACCUCCUCCGGUUGUCGAUGACGACAAGAAGAACGCACUUCCAGCUGGCCCUGGACGAGGUAUGCCUGCAGGACGCGGUAUGGGAAUGAUGCCUCCCAUGGGCCAACCAUCUUUGGCUCGCCCGCCGAUGCCUUUCCCUCCCCCGGGCAUGCCAGGUCCACCUCCCGGUUUCAGGCCACCCAAUAUGCCUCCCGGCAUGCCCUUCCCUCCGCCACCAGGCUUUGGGGGCGGUCCUCCACCUGGCUUCCAGCCACCCCCGCAGUAAAGGACAAUGCCACGAUGGUGAGGCACCAUAUGUGUGUUUUUCUGACUAGUCCAUCGGCAAGGCCAAAAGUGAACUUCGGAAAAGCAAGGGCAACUUGCUUGUGUGGAUAUAAUCUACUUCUGUCGUUACCAGAACCAUACAAUGUGUCACCAAAUAUCGACAAUACAACAAUGCUUGAGGUUUGUUGUUUUGCUCCUCACUGACAGCCCAGCAUCAC